UGGUCUAUUUCAGUAGGACUUCUUUGUACUAGACUGCAUUGUGUCUAGUUUUCUGUACAUCCACAAGACUGUAUUCUUGUCUUCAGUCUCCAUUCUACAGAAGACUGCAUGUAAUAGAUGGGUGUAGCCACUGAGACAUCACCCAUUGGUUUGUGCAUCUUUGUUUUUUUAGCCUUUAGUUUGAUAUUUGUCUGUUAACAUCCUUAUAUUUUAAAAACCCAACAUAAAGAACCAGUAGUUGAUCUCACUGAGAACUGAAGAACACUAUGGACAACCAUAAAGUAGCUACUAAUCAUUCAUAAAGGUAGCCAUGUCCUACAACACGCUCUGCUUUAUUGUCUAUUUAAACUCUAAAUGAGACCAUCAUUUACAAAAUUACCAUCAUGCUGAAAUGAAGGAGAUGUGAAAGUAGAGGCCAUAAAUGUUAAAUGUUCACUGAGGUAAUAAUUUAAGUAAGAGGGCGAGUCACGUCCAUACAAUCUGACUCCUUUUUGCACUCAGAUGAGCUGCUGUCUGCUGGCUGUUAAUGUUUAAUGCAGGCCAUAGCUUCCCUUUUCAGACCCAGAGGCUAUGCCCAUGUUUUACACCCUGCCUCUUGGUACAGUCAUGCUAGCUGGUGUUUAAAGUUGCAUUCAGGCAGAGUGGUGCUUUGAUCUAGCGUGCUCACAAUCAUAUGUGCACCAUCGUGGCCUUGGACACUCUUAACAUUUGCCAAUACGAAUUAAGUACAGCUGAUGUGAAAGUCAUUAGGUUAACCCAUAAACAAAAGCAUGAGACAAGUUAUAACCUUGACCCGACUGCAUUCAAUUAGAGCCGCAGGCCACAAGAGACAGGUUUUUAUCUCUGAUGCUCAUUUUCCAUCUUUCUGUCACAGUCUUUGUUCACACUGUUUGUCACUGCAGACCUUUUAAACUUCUUAAAGCAGAGCCAGCACAGCUGAAACUAACAUUAACAUGACUUUGUUCUCAUUAUCAAUGGUUACGUCAACUGUGGGAAAGCCUACAUUUUGAAAUAGUUUAUUCUUAUCUAAGACAAGGCAGCUUAACCCUCUGAGCCCAAAAACCCAUCACAGGACUUUGAAAGACGUGUUAUCUUUUUAAAAGUUAUCAUAACUACAAACUGCAAAAACAAAGUGAAUCAGCUUUUCAGUGGUCCUUAAACUACUCAGCUGUGAUGUCCCAUUCCAUUGGAAAACUUAACCAAAACUAAGCUUAGAAUCCAGACAUUUCAUGAGAAUAAAUUUAGUCGACAUGUUUAACAAAAUAUCUACCAUUUACACUUAGCAGAUUUUGUAAAAGCUACAAAAUUCCAUACUACCCAGCGCAACUGUGAAGCCGUGAUUGCCUGAUAGCUGUGAUUAACGAUAAGAUGACAACAAAUUCAGGGAGUUUUUUGCUGAGGUGCAAGCUACGUGUACACCGAGUAGAAGGUCAACAAUUAAGUAAACAUUAAAAAUGUAAGUAGUUAAAUAUAUAUAUAGUAUGUAGAGUCACUGUUUUUUUACAGUUUAGUUACACUCAUGGGCACUUGACAAAAUACUGUCCAUGUCAAUUCCAUUUUUUCCCAAAAAAUAAAAAAGGUACAUAAAUAAUUAAAUAAAUUCAACUUAAAAAAAACAAAACAUUUAUGGCAAUAUAACGGUGUGAUACUGGACAAACACUAUUUUAAAUUUUCUCUAAUUCCAGCCCUGACUGUUUCCAUAAAAGCUAACCUUAAAAUCAAGAUAUUUCAUCAAAAUAACUUUAGUCUACUUGUCUCAUUAAAAAAUCACCCACAAUAUGCUAAAUAGAUUCUGUAAAAAAUAACAAAUAAAAAAUGUUCUGUGCUCCUUAUGCAAUUAAAAUCCAGUCUGUUUUUACACAGAGAAUGCAGUAGAAAUUGAAAAUGCUGCGUAAGUAGUAAAAUACCUAUAGUGUGUAAAGCCACCAUUUUUUCCCAGUACUGGUAACACACAUGGGCACUUGGGGAAAAAACAAUCAAAAGAGCUUCUUUUUUUAAAGUGAUUUAUAGCAUUUUAACAGUUUUAUACUGCACAAAAGACAUUCUUGGCUUGUCUCUGCUUCAUGCUUGAGGUGCAGGACUUUAUGCUGCAGUGAACACCUGGAAACUGCUCAGAGGGUUCAAAGGAGGGGAAAAUGCAGCAACCGAUUUGAAUUCAAAGUGGCAUCAAGGAAGAAGUUUAAAAAGUCUGACGAAACAAAGUCACCAACAUAUUGGACAGUAUGUCCCUCCUGCCCUGAGCCAGUAGAUGGCAGCAGUUUGUACUAAGAUGGAAGCAAAAGAUGUUUCUCUUUCCACUGGCAGAAACACACACACACACUGAACACCCUCUAACCGUCUUUCCCAUGAUGUCAUAGCCAAGAGCCGGCAUGGGAAUAUCUGUCGCAUCCACUUAGUUUCCUGCUGCCUCCCAUCUCCGUGUGAGUGUGCGUGCUACAGUACCUAUAGUUUUGGAACAGUUGGCCACAGGCUGGUCACGGCCACCAGUGUGAUCUGUAACUGAAAUUGUCAGACUGUGAAUAAUUAUCUUAAUUUCUCGCAGUCCUUUUUCACAUACACAGAAAUACACUGCAGGACGAGGAGAUCUUCCAGCUUUAGUUUGCGGUCUGUGUGUUCUUGCCAAGAACAGCAGAACAUUUUGCCUCUAUUUUGGACGUGUGUUUCUUGCAUGUGGAGAGUUUGCGGUGCCACUGAGUGCUUUUGCAUUUCUUUGUCUCCUUUUUGGCAUCUCCCUUUUUUUUUUUUUUUAAAGCAGCCUCUUCUUCCCAGGUAAAGACAGAGACUGGUGGAGAGGGAGGGAAAGAGGUGGUUUCAAAAUGCCCAGCAGAAGGACAACUUCCUCCAACCCCAUCCUUCCCUCUCAGUCUCCACCGCCUCCACCUCCAAGGCCUCCUCCUCGCUCACGCUGCAAAUCCAAGUCACCCUUGUCUCGCUCCAGCCACACAACCCCAAAAAGAGCCUUGGAUCUGGACAAAAUCGGGGGGAAUUCUGACCCUGAGGACGCCAGGCAAAACCGUGGAGGUUCCCGAGACCUGCGGGGCUCCCAGGGGUCCGAGCUGGACAGGAAGUGGGAGGGUGUGGCACUGGAGCUGCGUUGCCGUGGCAGCAGGAUGAGGUCAGCCGUGUACCAGACUUCAGACCUGCCCUCCAUGGUCAAAGCCAAGAGACAGCUGGGGCAGAGUGAGGGCAAAGGACAGAUAGACCGGAACAAGCUGAAGGCCACUUUUGUCUGAGAAGCUGACUCACAGACUGUCUGGCCUGCUGACGUCGUCUGUCUGACCACACUGAUGGUCUUUGCAGCGACUGAAACCGUGUCUCAGUUGAAAAUCGAGGCGAAGGGCCCAGAGUCAACAUCGGUGCAGCUGCUCCAAGGCUCCCGACUGAGCGCUGCUAUUAGGAGAUGACAGGAGGAGAUUAAUCAAAAGCUGUGUCCCAAUUCCAUACAACACACUCAGCAAGUACAGAGCAUGGAGGGAAUAUAUUAACUAAAGCACGACAUUAAGCACUUCAACUGCAGUUCAGAGGGAAAUAUUACGCUUUCACUCCACUGUAUGUAGCUAUCUCUUCAGGUAAUUACUUCACAUGUUAAGUAUUGUAAUAUUUUAAAAAUUAUGCAUUUUUUUAGAUUGUAAUGCCCAUAAAGAAGUUAAAUUUUGCUCCAGCUUGAUCAUACUGUAAAGCAAAAUAACAUUAUUUUCAACUAUUAACAAGUGUUAGUUAUUUUAGAUAUUUAGUGUUUUGUUCAAUUACAGAUAACUGGCAAAAUUAUAGAAAAAGGACCAAUUUAGAUGGUAACCAUUGAAAACCAGGCCAAAAUUGUAAAUAAUGUCCACAAUGAAAGCAGUAUUUUUACAAAUGGUUCUUUUACAACACUUAACAAUGACUAACUUGGUUCUUUUAACUCAGCAAAAAUAUAUUUAUUUUACAGAUUUCUGCCAUUAUUUGAGGAAAAAGUAUACAUUUUCAGGAUUUAAAAAAAAAUAAUUUAAAUGAUUUUUUAAAAAUAGUUUUUAGAUGUUAUUUUACAGCUUUCCCUGUUUUGGCAAAUCACAACUAAUCACCAAUGAAAAUGUAUGAAUUUACAUGAAACUACAAAAAACAGGCAGACACUAAAUAAUGUCCAUGUCAAAAAAAUAGUAUUUGUGUUAAAAAUCAGUUAUUUUAAUCAACAAAAAUAGCUUUAUUUUACAGAUAUGUACUGUUACUUGAAAGGAAAGAUUUGAAAAUAUUAAAUAAUUUUUCACCAAUUUUACAGUUUUUUCCUGUUUGGUAAAUUAUAAAUGAUAUCUAGUAAAAUCAUAGAAAAAGUAUGAAUUUGGUUGUGAAACAAAACACCCCAAAACAAAAAAAACAUACAUAUAUAAUAUCAUAGUAAUUUGUUCUUUUACAGCCAUAAGAUUACACAGUUUUGUUGUUUUACAUCAACUAAUAAUUUCACACUUUUUGAAGGUUACAGUAUUACAAUAUUUACUUUUUCUAGCAGGUAACACAUACUUUUAAAGUUCCAAUGCACUUUUAAUAGAUUUAUUAUUUUUAUUAUUAAAUUAUUGCAAUUUUUCAACUUCUAGCAGUGUAUUCAUACUGGAAAUUUGAUAUUCAUUAAGUUGUGUACUGAAAAAUCCUUGACUUUUAAGUAAUCUACACUUUGUCCCAAAAUGCAGUAAUACUAGGACAUGGAAAUGCUGCUCAACAGCAAAAAUCGAUCUUUUAAUCAUGUUGUAGAUGUCUGAAACAGCUCUUCGAACACCUCAGACAGCAAAACAAACUGUGAUGUUUAAAAGUGGCAUUUCAAAGUAACAGUUUCGUUGAUAUCCAGUUCCUCACACAUUGUAAAAUGUAUUCAUGUAUUUUAUGCUAAUUGCAGACAAUGUAUCCACACUAAUUGGUAUGUAGCACAGACUGUACAAAGAGUUUAAAGUGUGGAGUUGGGACAGAUCAUCCCACAUCACUGGCAAUACAUGAGCCCUCUGUGUCACUGUCUGUUUUGUAUUUUGGCCUAAAUUUGUAAUUUAAAAGAGGACUACUGAUUUAUGACCUUCCCAUGAAAUUGGGGGCCUCUGACAAAAUCAGAGCAACACAGGCUGUAAUUUGCUCAAACCUUUGCUCUUCAGGAUAAGUUAAAGUCUUAAAAUGUUUGAUCCUACAUUUCCCAGAAUGCAAUUCUUGAUGGUAUCAUCAGGAUUCUUCCCACAGACUUGGCAAACUCAUCCAGAGCUACAUAAAAACACUUUUCACCUGUUUUCACAGACUGAGGAGUACUAAUUCUGGCAGGUAAACUCAACGUCAGGUGUAAAAUCUGUGGAUUGCCCUUUAAAAUAAAUUUAAGUAAACAUUCUGAAAAAGGAACGGCAAGAAAAUAAUGAUUCUCUGUGAGAAAUGAAUGUCAGUUGUUGUUCCUGGCACUAAAUCCAGAGCUAUUUAGUUCAGCUGUCCUUCUGGGAAUAAAACCCUGAUCUAAUGGAGGCUCACAGCAAAAUAUCAAAUUCUUUAAUGACAGGAACCUGAAAUUCCACAUAGACUUUGUUGCUGUGAGACAAGAGUGACCCAAGUCAGCCACAACCAACCAGUAAUGAAGCCUGUUGAGUUAUAACCAAACACUAAUGUAAUUGUAACUAAAAAAAAUCAACAAACCACUGUUCCAGUCUAUUUUUAAGUCAUUUACAGGUUAUGUGUAACAGUCAUGCCUAAAAAAACAAAUAAUAAAAGUAAGUGGCUCAAAAAAUGGACAAUUUGGUCUACAUUUUAAAAACAAACAAACAAAAAACAGCUGUGUUAAUACUGUGCCAUGUGGAGCCCCCCAAAUUACUGAAUUCAUCAAUUCAACAUAUAACAAACACAUUUAUGUAAAAUUACAUAAUUAAUACAAGUUGCAUCUAAUUUUGACAAAAUUACCUAAAUCAUUUAGAACUCAUAUUUACAGUAACAGUUUAACAAUUUCAUUUAUUUACAAAAAUGAAAAAGAUUGUAACAAAUGUAUUUUAAUCUUUACACGUAAGAAAAAACUCAGUUUCCUUAAAAAUACGUCUCAUAGUUAUUCAGUUAUUUUACCUAAGGUGUGUCACUAUUUAAAAAAUAAUUUUAUUGAUAUUAUAUAUAUAUAUAUAUAUAUGUUACAGUGUACAUAGAUUUGCCACACAGAAAAAAGAAAUAACGAGAUAUCACCUUCAGUGCCACUCCAGUGUGUUUAAUGGUGUCAGCCUGGCUUCCCAGUAAAGACUGUCUGUGUCCAUCACUGGAACCCAGUAAAACCAGCAGGACUCCUGUUUCCUCCUCUGCCCUCAGCAAACUCAUUCAGUGGACAAUGGGACAUAUGAUGUCAGCACAAUAAAAUCAUUUCCUCUUUAUUACAUCUUGCAUAACCUUUUAUUCAUUGUCGCAGAUUUGCAGCCAAUGUUCUCAUUUUGGUCUCUUAAUUGACAAACCAGCUUUUCCAGAUUAAACUGGAUUUCCACAGACAGAGCUGAGGCUCCACAGCUCAGCAUUAACGUGAAUCCCUGUCUAACACCCGGCCGGGAGAAAGUCAGAAGAGUUAAGUGGAAGGUUCGCCAGUUAUGCCCUUUUAAUUCAAUUAGCUCCAGUGUAAACAGUAAGCGCUUGACACGGGAUGACAACUGGACCGACAUGACAGAGGCCCGCUGGGGAGGCUGCUGUCUGCCCGCCUCGGUGCUCCGACUGCAGGGGAGAGAGAGAGGAGUCUGCCGGCUGGGCCUGGAGGGGCUAUUUUGAAAAGUGACCCCCUCACACACACACACACACACACACACACACACACACACACACACACACACACACACACACACACACACACACACACACACACACACAGCUGCGCGGAACCAUGACAGAAGAUGACGGAUACAGUUGUCGCGGAGGGACAAGUCAAAUUCAGAGAUGGAAAAAAGUGGAAGACUCGGUGGGUCGUUCUUCGGAAGCCCUCUCCGGUCGCAGACUGUCUGUCUUUGCUGGUGUAUAAAGAGAAGAAGAAAGGGAAGGAGAAGAGCGGCAGCCACAAGGAGAGACUCAGUGUGACACUGGAGGGGAUCUGUGGUGUGGAGCCGGGUCCUGGGUAUGACGGAGUAUCCUACAGCCUCUCCAUCCUUUGCCUGAAUCACAUGCUGGUCCUGGGCUUCAACAGCAGAGACGCCCUGCUGGCCUGGGACGCCCGCAUCCGCUACAGUCUGGGAGAAGUCCACAGGUUCAGUGUCAAUGUCGAACCUGGUACCAAGCUGGAAAGCGGCCCCGCCUCCCUCCACCUGUGCAACAACCUCUUGGUCCUCACCAGAUGCCUCCCUCCCGUCGUCAUCGGCCACUGGAAGUUGUCAGCCUUGCGUCGAUACGGCGCCGUGCAAAAUGGCUUCGUGUUCGAAGGAGGAACUCGCUGUGGAUACUGGGCUGGUGUUUUCUUCUUGUCCUGUGCAGAAGGAGAGCAGAUCAGUUUUCUGUUUGACUGCAUUGUCAGGGGCAUCACCCCCAGCAGGGCCCCGCAUGGCGUGCGACCCAACCUGCCAGCAGAUCCCAGUGCUGACCCAGCUUCAAUAGAAGAACGAAUCAGCCAGGAGGCAUCAGAGCUGGAGAAAAGACUCAGCAUGUUGUCUAACUGCAGCCUGGCGAGCAGCACAGCCUCCACUUACAGCUGUAGCACAUCUGUUGCCGGGGACGACCGAAGCAGCAUCUCCAGCUCCUCCUCCAGUCAAUCAGACACCAGCUAUGGAAGUAGACUUCCAUUCUGGGUGGAGCCUCUCACUAGAUCGCAUCUGUCCAGUGAGACGGCGUCGAGCUGCUCCACGCUGAAGGCUUUGACCGGGUCAGAUGACCGGCUUUACGCUGCCGUGAUGGGAGGCCCUGGGAGCCGACCAUCCUCAGCCCAGCUCCAUCCUCGUGGUCUCCAUGACAGCGGGAGGCAGAGCUCCUUAGACAGCGGGAUUGGGAUAGCGGCAGGCAGUCAGUCAUCGUCUUACUCAGGGAGCUACUCCUCCUGUACAGGAAGUCUGGACAUGGCCUGCCAGGGAGGAGGAGAGGAGUUUGGCUCUGUGGCCAGCCUACCUGCAGCUCCUUCACUUCCGUCUUUACCUCCUCCUGUUCCUCCGCCAACACCUCCACCUUCUCCUUGUCAGCCCCUACCCACCCCAGAGCACAGGCCUGCUAGCACCUCCUCUACAUGCUCCUGCGCCUCCAGAUCUGCGUCUCGUGCAUCUCGCAGGCACAGUGAGGAGUACCAGAUCCCCAGCCUGCUCAGAAUGAGGUACGACACCCCCAGGAGUGUGCUCCAGGUUCUGUCUCUGAGAGAAACCCAGAGAGAACCACCUGAGCUGGGCAGGGACAGCAGGAUCAGUGAGCAUGGAGGUGGUAGUCCAGCAGGGUUGAGCCCCAAAGGACUGAGGGCUCAGUGUCAGGCAAUGAUGCAGCGCUCGCUCUCCUGGGGCAGUGAGAGGGCGCCCUCUGUGGACAGUGAAGGGAGGUCCACACCCAGACCCCUACUGGUCCAUGAAGGUUUGGUUGGUGGAGAAACACAGUGCAGUCAUGGUCUCGACAACUACAUCACUCCAGAGCAGUGGCGGUCAGCGAGGAACAGAUGCUUGACUCAGGUUGAUCACUCUCCAUCACCGAGCCUGGCACCUUCUGCAGAUACAAAAGACCCUCCUCUCUGUCACACAGAGAAACACAAAGACAGCGGGGAUGUUUGGAAACUGGCAGGUCUGAAGAGGUUUUUUCCUUCUCGGCCACCUUCUGCUCCUCCACCUCUUCCUGUUUCACUGAGCACGCUCAGACCAACAUCAGCUUGUGGUGUGUUUCAGUUUCGACAUGAAGCUCCUCUGUUCCAGGACACCAGGCCUAAUGGCGACAGUACUGUUAAUUAUGUCAACAUCCCCAUUAGCCCCCUCCCGGCUAGAACUAGAGAGCUGCACUCCACUGAGUUGGACCUGCAGGAGCCCGGCUCGGCUCCCCACAGCGCCGUGAGAGAAGAGGGCUCUAUCAGAUACGCCCACCUCGACAUCACUGCCAUGGAAACGGCUCAGAGAGUGGCGAUGGAGCAUGUUCAGGGCAGAGAGGACAGACUGACUCAGCCGGAGAGCAGGCGGCUAAGGCCACCAAAGUGA